AAGUCUAAAAGUCAAUGGUUAAUUUGCCUCUAUCUUCUUCGCUCCCGCUCCAGAACUUUAAUUUCCCCCUUCUGCUAUCACUAUAUGUUAAACAAUUUCAGUCUAGUUCAUAUGUCAAAAUAUUAAACUUGAUUACGCAUAGCGAAUAUAUCCAAUUCUGCUGGUAAAUCAUAUAGCUAGCAAGGAAGAAUGGGAAUUUCCUUCAGCAACCUUUUGGCUGCUGCUGAAUGGAGAAGACCCAAUAAGUUGAAGCCGAAGCCAAUGGGCUCCAUGACGAUGAUCAGCAACCAUGCCGCAACUCAUCACGAAGGGAUCAGGACUGUUGAUGCCGAUAACCUCUGCGACUUCUCCAGCGGUUCAGAUCUUUGCAUUUGUAUGGUCACUUGGAAUAUGAAUGGGCAGGUGUGCUAUGAUGAUUUGGAACAGCUAGUAGGGAGGAACCGCAAGUUCCAUAUUUUGGUGGUGGGUUUGCAAGAGGUACCUCGAAGGAACCUUUCCAGACUAUUGCAGGCAGCCCUAAUCGAAACUCACAUCCUGUUGGGAAAAGCAAUAAUGCAAUCUCUGCAGCUGUACGUGUUUGGACAGAAGAACUCGGAGUCCUUCAUCAGAGAGCUAAAGGUGGACAAGCAUGCAGUGGGGGGAUUGGGGGGGCUCAUAAGGAGAAAGAAAGGGGCAGUGGCCAUCAGCAUCAACUACAAGGGCAUCCGAAUGCUGUUCAUCUCUUGUCAUCUCUCUGCUCAUGCCCGCAAUGUAGGGGAGAGGAAUUCUCAGUGCAGACACAUAUCCCACUCCCUCUUCUCCAAGAAUCAGAACCCCUAUGCAAGGCCGGCCCAGAUCACCGUUUGGCUGGGAGAUUUAAACUACAGAAUAGAGGGUAUUGACACACAUCCGGUCAGAAAUCUGAUAAACAGAGAUCUUCAUGCGCUGCUCACCAGCAAGGACCAACUCUUGCAAGAGGCUGAAAGCGGACAGAUCUUCAAUGGAUAUUGCGAGGGAACACUGGCAUUUAAACCAACGUACAAGUAUAAUGUGGGAAGUAGCAACUACGACACGAGUUACAAGGUGAGAGUGCCUUCAUGGACAGAUCGGAUCUUGUUCAAGCUAGAAGACUUUGACAAAAUCAGUGCAGCUUUACAUUCCUAUGAAUCGAUUGAUGGCAUUUACAGUUCUGAUCAUAAACCAGUGAAAGCCCACCUCUGCUUGAAAGUUAAAACCAUCAUCACCCAUUAGCAAGCCACAGGUUUCCCUGGAUCACACUAACCACCCUACACUCCUUUCAUCCAUUCUAAUCCAGCUAGGUCCAAAAAAAUACAACCCUUCUUUGAAUUAUUUUUGCCAUGUACAGGAUCUAGUACUGUAAUUAGCAACAAUAGAUUGAGAACUGAUGUAGAAAUUUUUUUGUGUAUUAUGAAGAGUAUUUUUUUUAUGUAAUGCUCAGAUAAUUCUUUUGUAAAAGCUGUAAGAAAUUUUAUAUGCUGUUUUUUGUUAAACACAGGAUCCUUAA